ACAGGCAAGGUUCCCCCUUUUUCCCUGGUGAUAAUGGUAUCACCCAUACUUGACCAACUGUCGCGACACAGGCCCGCCCUCUUAUCAUCACCCCCUUCUUACGGAACUGGGGCCGGCUUCCAUCUCUCCUGUUAGUUUCGCGAGUCCGGUGACGGUUACCAGGAAGUGACGUAUUUCGUGAGGCGGAGGUGACGUGAGGCGCACAGGCUCGGCCGGUGGGAGGGGUUUGGACAAGAUGGCUGGAUCCACAGUUAAAGUCCCUCGUAAUUUUCGCUUGUUGGAAGAACUUGAAGAAGGUCAAAAAGGAGUCGGUGAUGGUACAGUAAGCUGGGGCCUUGAAGAUGAUGAAGAUAUGACACUUACAAGGUGGACAGGCAUGAUUAUUGGACCACCAAGGGUCAGUACAACAAACUAUGAAAACAGAAUAUACAGUCUGAAAGUAGAGUGUGGACCUAAAUACCCAGAAGCACCUCCAACAGUUAGAUUUGUAACUAAAAUUAAUAUGAAUGGAAUAAAUAAUUCCAAUGGAAUGGUGGAUACACGGAGCAUACCAGUGUUAGCAAAAUGGCAAAAUUCUUAUAGCAUUAAAGUUGUACUUCAAGAGCUAAGACGUCUAAUGAUGUCCAAAGAAAAUAUGAAGCUUCCACAACCUCCAGAAGGACAAAUUUACAGCAAUUAAUUUUAGCUGAUUCUCAAACUUCUGUCUUAAAACAACCACCUUCUACUUAUAUUAAUGUCUUGAUUAAAUCUCACAAUGCAAACCACCCACACAUUAAAAGAAUUUCAGCUGGUAUACAUGACCUGGACAUUUGUAAGAAUAUAUAUACUAUAUGUACGCCCAGUAUGUUUUUAGGCACUAUGGGAGGAAAAAAAGGCAGCACAAUUUAUUUUUUUUUCUCUUAUCAAGACACUGUCAUUUAAGCAUAAGCCUGAAGUAGCUUAAAAUUGAAAUUCAGGUUUUACAAGAUAAAAGCAUGACAGAAAGUGUCAGAUUGCUGUGGAUUAAUGUAUGUUUCAGAAAAUUAAUCUCUCAAGAAGAAAAAUUAUAAAUGGCAUGCUUUAUUCAUCUGGCUUAGUUAAAAGAGCUGCAGUUAAAAUUGUUUUAAAGUAGCAGGUAAAGUGAAUACUGUUGCUCAUCUUGUUUAAUUUUUGCUAAGGUGUGGGUGCCGACUACUAUUAGUGUCACAAAGUACGUUCAGGAUUGUUUUGAUACCUGUAUUUAUAAAAGGGGGGAAUGGAUUCUGUUAAGCGGCUCCUGUGUGUUACAUGUAAUGGACAUGGCAAAUAUUUGUUUACAGUCUUUGUUCUAAUAAACAAUGCAUUUAAGUUUUAGUGAAACAAACAAAGGAAAUAGGUGUAUGGAUAUGUGAUUGAGAUUACAGUUAGUCUUAAAAUGUUAAUAAAAUGUGGAAAGUAUCCUCUGAGGCUGUGCCAUUUCUAUAAUAAUGUAAUAUAUGUAUAGUACCUUGCAGAGGUAGCAAAAAGUUAAACACAAUGUAGCAGUGGAUCUACAUGCACCUUUUAUUCUUACCACUAUUUCUGUACGCUUAUUUUAUUUGCUAACUGAAGGUAUUGGGAUUAUUGCAGAGGAGCAAAUAAUCUGCAGUUAGACUUGUUUGGACAAACUUGCAGUUCAAAACCCUAUUU